GCAGCCAACCUGCUAGCAGCCUUGCUGUGCGCUACUUCUGCCAUCGCCGCAGCCACUACAGACUCACUCCGCACCACCGACGUCUUCGCCUGGCCCUCAUCAGCCUCAUCACCGCUUCCCUUCGCCAAAGUCUCCUACUCCUGGCCCGCUCUCAAUGCCACAAUAGACUCAUAUACUGCGCCUGCAGUCACAUCAGACGAGACUGUACGAGUCGGAAUCCAUCGCGCCGGCGACUGGGUCGGUGUAUCCACUUCAGGAGCCAACUUCGAUGCGACAAAGAAGCCAGCGCUGCGUCUGUACUUGGACUCAGCUGGAGAUGUGUGGCAUGUUGGCUUCAGCACUGCAGCUGGAAAGUCCAAGGAUGGCUCGCUUGCAGUCGAGAUUGUGCCGCUGCACCAGGGACCACAAGUCGCCUUUGACAAGCCGAUUGUCGUCAAUCAACAGGGCGAGCCAGAAGAUAAGGAACCUGAAAAGUCCUUCUUACAAAAAUACUGGUGGGCAAUUGGUCUGUUCCUGCUCGUCCAAGUUGUCAUGGGUGGAGGAGAUAAA